CACAGCUCGAUCAUUCGAUCAUGACGCGAUCUUCACCAGCUUGGAUGGCUGUACAAGCCAGUCUAGCUUGGUUUCUGACUACCAUUUCGAUCCGCUCAAGCCUUGCUCAAUUUGCUGUUUCCUCACCCGGUAGAGCAGUUGCCUCCGCCGGUGGCGUCACCGUAGUAGCCCAACUGCCCGGACUCGGAGUAAUCAAUGGGCUUAUCAAUGCCAUGCAUAACAACAACCGCUUUAACCAACAGCAGCAGUUUGAAAGACUACAGCAGGGAAGGCCCGGAAUGGGUCCGAAUAGGAGGGGAAUGCCUAGACCAGGCUUUGGCUCACCCAACCGACAGCAAGCUCCUCCUGGUUGGCCUCCUGGCUGGCAGUGGGGAGCUGGGGGCAACCAAAAUCAACCCGGAUUUGGCUGGGAACAAUCCGGUUUCGGGCCAGGCUGGAAUGGAGGAGGGCAACAACCAGGUUGGAAUGGAGGAGGAGGAGAACCAGGUUGGAAUGGAGGAGGAGGACCAGGUUGGAAUGGAGGCGGCGGAAGAGGACCCCCGCCAAGGCCAGGCUGGAACGGCGGAGGACCACCACCAAGACCAAGUUGGAAUGGUGGAGGACCACCACCACCUAGACCAGAUUGGGGAGGCGGAAUGGGUCCGCCACCCAGACCUGACUGGAACGGAGGAUUUCCGCCGGAAUGGAACAACAAUCAACGCUUCCCCGAUGAGCCGGAUGCCAAUGACCCCAAUGAGAAUUGGAACAAUCCAAAUAAUGAGGCUAACACUACACCAGUAGUACCCACAACCACAACAACUACACCUAAGCCAGCGGAAACGCAUCCCACCAUCCAGCCACUUCCACCAACGCAGCCAACAAAGGACACCCUGAUUAUAGGCACCAAUCGACCACCACUAGUGCCGCCCCAGAAUCCAGACCCGACACCCACUUAUCCAAAUUGGCCCGUACCUCAACCGAUUCCAAACCACUCAAUCGAGUUGUCCGAAGAACGUGCCAUCAUAUUCCCAAGUUCCAGUAAAUAUAUUCACGCUCCCAACCAGGAAAUUCCUUCGCAGCCAAUUGAUGUGAGACGAAAAUGA